AUGACCUUCUGCAAUGGAGCACAUUUAAGAGGUGCGAAGUCAAACGUUCAUGAAAGCACAGGUAGCUCUGAAGUAGCGUCGAGAUGUUCACGAGAUACGGAGAUCCAGAGAGGCAUCAGAAAGGACAGCGUCGUGCAGGCUUCCAGGAGAGCACAUCUCAGAGCAGUGAAGCCAGACUUCCAGUCCUGCCAGGGGUACCCCAUAGGCAACUGGUAUGAGCAACAGCACAGGUGUUAUCCUCUUCCUGGCUAUAGCUGUGGCUAUGGAACUGAUGGAAAUGGACCCAGCCUUUAUUCUGCGCAUGAGAUCUCCGGAUACCCAGCUGAAACUUUGCUUACACCCAAGGAAACCACAGCUCUGGCUGAAAACCAAGAUGAAGAUUCCCUAGAAGAUCCAAAUCUCCGUUUAAAUAUUGAGGAAUUAAACAAAGAGUUUAUGGUGAAAAGUGAAGAACUCUACGACUCUCUCAUGAAUUGCCACUGGCAGCCCCUGGAUACAGUUCACUCUGAAAUCCCAGAUGAGACCCACCAGAAGCAAGAUGGUCAUUGA